UGUCAUGUGAACACACUUAAUGUGAACUAAUUUUUCUAUUCUCUCUAAAAGGCUUAUUAAUAUAAAUAGCCCCUUUUUCCUAGAUUUUGCUGUUCAGAUUGACAAAUCUAAAUACAUAAAUUUUUUCACUCUGUAGAAUUGAAAGUUUUAACAAAGAAUUCCUGUUUUCCUCACAAAAUCAUUCCUUUAAUAUUAGCGUUGAAUUCUGUUCAAUAUAUAUAAAUAUAUACAAUUCUUCUAUUUUGUUUGCCCACUUACAAAUUGCUGAGCCAAAUUUUAAAUACAUUAGUCGGGCUGAUGAUAUUUAUACAUCAUUAUUUUAUUUGUAUAUAUUGUAUAUGUAAUAUUGGCUGCUGAAAUUGUUAAUAAUUUUUUGUUAUUGUGGUCAUCCCCAUGGCAGAAUCACAUCGACAUUGUCACAGAAUGUUAGAUUCCUAUUAUAUUUUGGCAGUUAUUAAUAUUGAUUUUCACCUGGUUUUUAAAUAUCUUUAUUUAUUUCAUACUAUGUGGAAAAUUCGAAUCUUCCAUUUGAGUAUUUACUUUUAAGGCAAUGAUUCUGUCCAAUUGUUGGCAACUAUUGAUUUCUCAAUAGUUUUUAUAUCUGAUAUUUUUAUACGAUAUUACAAUUAUUUAUUAUGCAUUUGAGUAACCCCUUUUUGAGGAGUCCAAUUCGCGUGAUUUCAUCGUCAAUCUUUUUUAAAAAAAAAUUUUUUAUUGAUAACGGAUUACAUUUUUUUAAAAAAAUUUUGAUGAUUAUUUACAAAAUGCGAAGAAGGAAAUAAUUUGUGUGACACCCUCUCCCUCCAACAAAAUGGGCAAAUGACACUCAUAAUAUUAGAAUAAAAAAUUAUUAUAUGUUUAAGUAAAAAAAUUAUAGUUUUUUUGGAAACACAACGCUUUUGUUAUUCUAAAUUACUAACAUGUAUGUUUGUUCUAUUGAAGUUAUCUUACAUAAAAAUAUUAGUGCUAGACAGGUUUGUUGCAAGUAGCUGGAAAAAAUUUUGCCACAGGGGUGAUCAUUAUAUUAUCUUUGUGCAAUUUGCAUGUUUUAAAAAAAAUCAUAAUUCUCAAUUGCCAACUGUAUUGUAUCAAAGUAAUAUUUCCAUACACACUGAAAUGAUUGAUUGAGUGUUAGGAAUUAUCAUUGUAUAUAUAGCUUUUAAUUUAAAAAAUGUUUAACUUAGAAUUUUGUUAUUUUCAUUUUUAAUAAUAUUGUAAUUGCUUUAUAGUUUAUUCAUGUAUAUAUCUGAAAUAUGUAAAUGUUCAAAAGUAUUUUUAAUUUUGCCUUAUAUAGAUAAUGCCGAACAAUUUUGCUAUAGUUAAGUUUUUAUUAACUGAUGAGGUUGCUGUUGUACCAGUGACCUGGUUAUCAACAAAAGGAUGUGUCUGGCCUUUGAAAGCGUAUGAGGUUAUGAAACUUGUUGUGAAACUAUCUAAACCUUCUGCAGAUUGGAUUUGCCAUGAAGCAAAACUUUUGGGUGAAUAUGAAACAUACGAAGAUGCAAGGAAAGACCUCUCUAAAGCAGAAGAGAGGUCCGAUUUGGAGUCCGAUGCUGAGAAAGGCAAAGGAAAAAGACGGAAAAUUGCCAAAAAACUGAACAUUGGAUCCUCAUCGGAUGAAGAUGUGCCCGUGCCUCCAUUUUUCAGCAAUUCGCUGACAUUUUCAGAAUCUACAGGUAUAGUAGCCCCUAUUGUUCCUGUAGAUUUCUUCCUUGAAUGUCUGCCCAAGGAAAAACAGUUGCCAGAAGGCAGUGUAGUUAUUGCUGCCAACGAUGAGACGCCAGAUCUUACAUUUCAUAACAUACCUGCCGAUGAUGAUACAUCUCCUGUUCUCAGUGACGAUUUAUCAGGAUCAUCCUCACCCACCACUAACAAUCAGGUUCUGAUGAAACAGAUGAUGCUGAUGGAUGAAAAAUUAAAGCUGAUUCUGCAGAAUCAGGAAACAUUGUACAACAUGUUACAAGCUAAUGCUGUGGUACAGAAUAAUUCUGAAGAAGAAUUAAAUUUUAUUCUUCCAAUAUCUUCAAUGGAAGAUAUUGAUCAAGUAGAAAAGGAGUUAGCAGAUUCUAAGACUCAAGAAAUUUUGAUCAAAAGACUAUCUACUUGUGGUGGUGGAACCGUGGAUGCCACCGUAAAGAGAACGUUGGUGAAACUACUGAGCAAUUCUGUGGCAGAGAACUUCAGCUGGCUUGGUGCCAAGGGAAAGAGAAAUUUUUCCCUUUUAAAACUAUCUGCAAUAGUCUUUAGUAAGAUUCAAACUUAAAUUCUGUUGUUAUCAGCGGGAUUUAUAACACUUGAUGAUAUCCUAAUUUAACAAACCAUUAAACAAUUACAUCAUUCCUUAAUAAUAAUUUCAUUCUUGGAUAAAAAUUUUAUCCCUGAAUAAUAACCUAAACCUUGGAUUAUAAACUAACUUUAUGUUGCACAUUUAAUAUUUCUCUUUAAAUCUAUUCAAAAUUACUUUCUCAAAAUUUUAUUACUAUAUUUAUUAAUGUCUGGCAGUUUGGUUAUUCAGCUACUCUGAAAAAGCCUUUAUAUUAUGUUAAACUUCAACAAAAAUAAUAUUGUUUUCUAAACAUAAACUAAUUUCUUCUGUGAAUUAUU